AUGACAGAGGGAUGUUGGCUGUCUAUGUCUAAAGUGCUGCCAUUUCUAGAAAACCAUUUCUACCCUUAUUAUAAGGAUGUUGCUGCUCGAGGUCUGGACGUUCCACGCGUCGAUCUUGUGCUUCAGUAUUGCGCUCCUGCGUCCGCUACGGACUAUGUACACAGGGUGGGACGCACAGGUCGAGCGGCGCAGGUUGGCGCUGCUAUCUUGAUGCUGCUUCCAAGCGAGGCUGAGUUUGUAAGGCAUUUGGAACAAAAACGUAUCAGGCUUCGGCAGUCCGACGAGUCGCAGUCACUGGAAGCUCUGCGCACGAUGGCACCCGCGGCUAACAAUGCAGCGCGAGCCGCCAUAGCUGUGCAAACCCGACUCGAACACUUUGCUCACAGCCACCGGGACUGGCUCGCGCGAGCCAGCAGAGCGUACACAUCCUGGGUCCGCUUCUACUCCGGCUAUCCGCGUGAAGUACGAAUGUGGCUGGACGCAAGGCAGCUUCAUCUUGGACACGCAGCAAAGGCCUUCGCUUUGAGAGAAACUCCCGCGGCGUUAGCAAGAAGAGCCAAAUCCGAUCCUAAUUUUAAGAAGGAGAGGCCGCUGAAUCGUCUCACAGUUCAUGAGGAGGAAGAGAAAAAACGCCCAGGUUUUCCUAAGAUAAAGCCUGGACUCUUCGGUCACAGAGUAAUGAAUAAACAGAGCUCCAUGCACACAGCGAGCGAAUUUGAUAGCGGCCUGCCUCCAGUGGAUACAUAUAACCAGAAGAAAAAGAACAAAAAUAAGCGAAGUAAAUAA